AUGGCCUUCCCCAAGAUAGCUCUCUUCGCCACGUUUGUGGCUUCAAUUACAAAUGCCCAAUCUGCAAACCCCGGUGUGGGAAUAAAUCCCGAUGCCCAGGGCGCAACAGACGACACUACCUCAAGCACAGGACCAAACGGAUCUGAAGACUGGCUCAACACCGGCAUAACAACCAACGGCUGGAACCCCCCAUUCCUCGCCCUGGAAAACAUAACUCACAUCUCCAUCACCGAUUUCUACAACAACAUCGGUUCUGCCUGCCAGCAAUACGACUCCUACUUCCAAAGCGCCAGCUCAACCUACAACGUCGAUGCGGUAAUCCUAGCCGUAAUUGCCAUGCAAGAAUCAUCCUGCAACGCUGACGCAGGUGGGCCAACACCGGGACUGAUGCAAGUAUCCUGCGAAAAUUACCCGAAUGGCCAGUGCACAGACUCGAUCCAGGAUAACGUUGACGCGGGCACGAAGUAUUUCAAGACGCAGUUGGAUUCUGCGGACGGAAAUGCGCUUGUGGCGUUUGGGUCUUACAACGGGUGGUUCACUGCUGAUAGUGGGUUGAAUAACGACAAGGGCCUGACGGAGGAUUACCCUUGUUCCGCCGAGGGUCAGAGUAAUGGUGUGCCUCAGAAUUUGGACUAUUUGCAUCAGGUUUUGAAUGGGUGGUUUAUGGGGUUAGAUGUUUAUGGGGAUGAUAGUUGGAUUGGAACUUAUCAGUGUGAUCAGUCUUGUAGUGAUGGGAACAAGUGUUAA